AUUUUGUUUCAUAUUCGAAAGUGAGCAAGUAGCGUUUAGCGCCUCAGUAACUCUUGCCAUUUUGUUGCAUGUUGUAGAUAAUUGUUAUUAUUGAUCCUAUUAGUUAUUAAUGUAACACUGCUGAGAUCCUGCUUCUUCCUCAUAAUGCGCGGUUUGUGGCACUGAAUGCACUAAAGAGCUAACAGCUAGCAGUUCCUGUCUGAAUUCACCUUGUGGCCGUCCACCUGCUGUUUAACCUGUUAACUAUGCCGGUUGUCCUACAAUAGCCGUUGCAAAUGAAAAUGGAUGAUAUGUCACUGUCAGGCCUGGAUAACACCAAGCUAGAGGCCUUGGCUCAUGACAUCUACUCAGACUUGGUGGAAGAUGCAUGUUUGGGGCUUUGCUUCGAAGUGCACCGAGCCGUCAAGCAAGGCUAUUUUUUCCUCGAUGAGACGGACCAAGAAAGCAUGAAGGAUUUUGAAAUUGUGGACCAGCCAGGAUUAGAUAUAUUCGGCCAAGUGUACAACCAGUGGAAGAAUAAGGAGUGUGUGUGUCCCAACUGUAACAGGAGCAUAGCAGCCUCACGGUUCGCCCCUCACCUGGAGAAAUGUUUGGGAAUGGGGCGCAACAGCAGCCGCAUCGCCAGCCGCAGGAUAGCCAGCAGCAACAACACCAGCAAGUCUGAAAGUGACCAAGAGGACAACGAUGACAUCAAUGACAACGACUGGUCAUAUGGUUCCGAAAAGAAACCAAAGAAGAGGAAGUCAGACAAGAAUCCAAAUUCCCCCAGAAGGUCCAAGUCUCUGAAGCAUAAAAAUGGAGAACUCAGCAGUAGUGUAAAUCCUGACCUUUUCAAGUACAACUACAGCACUGGGAUCAACUAUGAGACUUUGGGGCCAGAAGAGCUCAGAUUUCUUCUGACUACGCAAUGUGGGGUGGUAUCAGAGCACACGAAAAAGAUGUGCACACGGUCCCAGCGCUGUCCCCAGCACACGGACGAGCAGAGGAGGGCAGUCAGAGUUUUCCUCCUGGGGCCGUCCGCGUCCACACUGCCAGACCCCGAGUCGAUGCUGGAUAAUGACGGGUAUGACACUCCUGAUGGACAGCUCAUUAUGUCCCGCCUUCAGUGGGAUGGCUCAUCUGACAUUUCACCUUCAGACUCUGCCUCCUCCAAAACCAGUACCAAUAACUCAGAUUCUAAAAGACCUAAGAAAAAGAAGAAGCCUAGUUCUCUACUUAUGAGUAGUGCUGGAGUGUGUGAGAGGGAAAAAGGAGGAGAUCGAGGAGAACGAGAGCGAGGAGGAGGAGGAGGAGGAGGAGGAGGGAGCAGCAGCAGCAGUGUGAGUGGACUGGGGGCAGGCACUAGCACUAGCAGCAACUCCCAGAGUGCACUUGCUUUGUCAAAUCGUAAGAAGAGGCCCAGACCUCCACCUCCGCCGGCCCCUAAUAUUUACGAUGAUCUGAACUAAAAGAAUAUCACACACAUGAUCAUUACACUGAAUUCUUUUUUUCCUUCACUGUUUCAGAGCAGGAUGUGUCUUUGCAUAUGUGCAGCUGAAUGUUGGGGUUUAUGUUGACAUGUGAUUGGUAUAAAUGUGCUAUAGCAUUGUCUAUACAACAGUGAUGUGUGUGUGUUAGAUGCUUUUGAAUAACAGUUACCCUUCACACAAUGAUGUUGAGGUUUCAGAAAACAGCUUCCUGCUAUAUAAUGCUCCUUUGAUAAUCACUGUUGAAGCUCCAGGCCAAAUUAUGCUCUUUCAAUCAACACACUAUUAUUUUUCCGUCACAUCCUGGCAAAUAUUUUUCAGUACAUGUUGCACUAUUUAUUUACAGUGUAUAAUUUAGUGUGUUAGUGUUCCCAGUGUGGUCUAGAGGUGCACUUCGGUCUGUUUUCGGCAUGUUGUCUUUUUUGAUCUUCAGAGCACUUGUUUUAUUUUACACUGAACUGAACUGCUAACAAAUAAGCACUUAUUCAUGAGUAAUGAACGAUGCACUUCGUUUGGAGUGAAUAUAAAGGACUUCGUGCUUUUUAAAAGUGAUUUUUUUGUCAUCUUUUAUUUUUGUAUUUUGUGGAUUCGGAUUUAAAGCCUGUGUAAAAUGUUUCUGUGGUGGAGGGAGAAAAGAUUCCACUAUGACUAUUACUGUACAGAGGAAGUUGUGCUGUGUGUAUAGAUAUCUGGUAAUAUUUCAAUGCUGGCGUUGGUUCUCUCACUCCUUGCUGGAUGUCCUGUGGUAUUGUGAUUAAAGCCUAGUGUGUCUCAGGACCACUUCUUACCUGGAAUGUGUCUUUCAUUUCAAAUUUUGAGACCCGAUUUGUUUCUGGACAAACAGCACCAACAACCGUUAGUGCUUAAAAGGCGAAUAAAACCAUUAAAAAAAAGGUCUAAGUGUUAUGUUAUAGUCACAAAAGCUAUAAAUAUUAGUGCUAUGCAAAUGGUAAACCUCCAGAUAGCACGUCCUGCCAAAAUGUGAUGCGCAGAGAAUUGGACAGCAAAG